AUAGCGUAUUAUAUCAUAUAUGUAUUUUCACCAUUUUAGACAUGUCUUUAAGAGCUAGACAACCCGCUACGAGCAUCGUCACUGACACGACCACCCCCGAAGAACCAACGUCUCGACCACAACCAUCGUCAUCGGCCCUUUCCCAAACGCUAGCAAGCACUGCAAACCUAGCCAAACUCCUCCCAACAGGAACCCUUUUAGCCUUCCAAGUCCUCACACCAAUUUUCACAAAUAACGGUUCGUGUGACUCCACUACUCGUUCAUUAACAGCCAUUCUUCUUGUCCUCUUAGCAAUCUCGUGUUUUCUUGCUUGUUUUACCGAUAGUUUCAAAACAAACGAUGGCCAGAUUUUCUAUGGCUUUGCAACUUCUCAAGGGAUGUGGAUUUUAGACUAUUGUGAACAAAAGAAUUUGCCCGAUUUGAGAAAGUACCGGUUGAGGGUUAUUGAUUGGGUGCACGCUCUUCUUUCGGUUUUGGUAUUUGGGGCAGUGGCAUUACGCGAUAGGAAUGUGGUAAAUUGCUUUUAUCCAACCCCAGGGCAUGAAGCUCAAGAGGUUUUGGAUAUCGUUCCUAUUGGUGUUGGUCUCAUUUCAAGUGCAUUGUUUGUUGUUUUUCCGACUAGAAGACAUGGCAUUGGUUAUCCUGUUACCCAUGAUAAUGCUGAAUGAUCGAUAUCGAAAUUAUACACAUGUAUAUGUUACGUUUAUAGCAUUAUAUUGUAUGGAGUUUUUUUGUAUUAUUGCUUUGUACAAACUAAUGUUAUGUACAUACAAGCACGAAAAAUCGUUAUGAAA